AUGUCCAUGCAUCCGUCAUGGACUUUGCGCCCAUUGCACGCCCGAAGCAGCACUUCAAGAUCAGGGGCCAACACUGUGAGGAGCACUAUUUUGCCAAAAUUGAUCACAAGGCGCUGCCAACUCCCCGCCCUGUUGGCUGGGACCGCGACUGUCUUGGCGAUUCCAGGAACUUGGCGAAGGCGCAGUCGGAGUUGCAGGCAGCAAGCUGCUCGCGAAGCCGAAAACCCAAGUCUAUGUGAUGCAGGUGAGGAAGUUCCCGCUUAUUGCGGUAUUCUGCGUUCACCACAUUUGGAUGUGCUGAUUGUAGGAGUGGCGCACUACGAUGGAGGCGUGUCUGGGCAGUCAGCUCGAAAAAUGAUUGAAGACUUUCGCCCGGACGUUUGUUUGGUUGAGCUUGAUCAGCAGCGCUUCUCGCGGUUGCUGGCGGAUCGCCGUGGCUUGCCUUGGCCAUACCUCCCAGUGCGAGGUUCGAAAUACCAGCCAAGUCCCCUUGUAAGAAGCAUCCGCGAGGUGCUGUUCUCGGGGUUGGAGUUGGCCCAAAACAUCGUGGGCAACAAGGAAGUAGGAGGCGGAGAAGAAUUUUACGAGGCCUUCCUUGCAGCCGAGUCCAAUGGAGCACUUGUUGUGCCUGGGGAUCUUCAGAUUUCCAAUGCAUUGGAUGGUGUGGUGAAGGCCAUCCGCUAUGGAUUUGCUCGACCCCUUGAGCAAAUUGCCGCUGGAGCCACUGCGCUGUUUAGGGCCCUUGGUGGUUUCGCGAGACCAGACUACACUGGUGAGUUUGCAAGGGCCAGUGGAAUAGCUAUGCCAAUGGCGCUUUUGGCUGACGGUGGCUGGCGCGCACUACCUCUAGCCCGUGCAACCGCAGUAGGUUUUGUCUCAGUGAAUGUCGUAUCCUUUCUAAUUGGAGGAAAUGGCAUGGAUCAGAACAUUGAAGGGCUGCAGAGGAUGGAUUUGCAAGGGAUUUUUGAUGUGGCUACUGCGUUGUUUGGCCUUGUGAUUGCACUUAUCGUGGGAAGUGCCUACAUGCUGUCCUUCUUAGAAUCCAGAGACUCGCACAUGGCUUCCAGGCUCUUGCAAGUGACGGACCUUAUGCGAGAGCAAAAGGCGAGAGGAGUGGUACAUUGCAGGUGGCUAAAAAGCUCUUGGGCGGCGGCACUUCAAGCAGCGGAACCAAAUUCUGAUGGUACGCAGAGCUUGCCCCCGAAGGUGCUGAAGCGUGCUGCCACGGCUAGAUAUCCAGGUUCCAACUCGACCGUCCAAAAAUUGCAGUUCAGGCAGAGGCCUUCAGAAGUGGCUUCUUCUUGGCUGCCGCUCUUCACAUUGCGCCGUCCUUUGGAAGAAGACGAGGUGAGAAAUUUGAGCCUCUUUGAGCCGCGUUUCUUGCGACUCUUUGACCAACUGAAGGAGGCGGGUGAAGCCAGACCUGGACUACGUAUGGCUGUAGCUUAUGCGCCUGUGGGCAUAGAGAGGCCCAAGAACCUUUGGCAAAAUGAAGCUGAAUCUCCGCAGAAUCCAGAAGAACUUCCACCAUUGGCUGUAGAGGUGGAGGUGAUCCUCGACUCCAAAGUUCGAGUCGUCGAAGUGCAGAAAAUCGUUGAAGGUAUGGGUGAGGACCAACGGCGGCGUUGGAGGCUUGAGGUGAAAGGCACUUCUGAAGUACUUACAACGGCAAGUUGCAACAUUUUUUCUGAUGAGUUUGGCGCUCUUUGGGCUGUUCCAAAAGGGGAGAAGACAUUCGCAGCUGUCGCAGCCUCCGAGGUUGCGCUUGAUGCCCCUCCAACACGCUGCGUCGCAGUGGUUGGUCUGAUGCAUGUGAACAGCAUGCUGGAGCAGCUUCAGGGUAAACUUGAGGAUAGGUUUGGCCGCUUGAAAUCAAUGCAGAGUGGUCGGACUGAGGCGGCUUUCUACUCCUCGCUGCUUCGUAUCCUUGGCAGUGUGCCCGUCUCGAAAGGGUGGGAAAAGCAGCCAGUAGCAUAUCAUUCCCAAGCACUUCUGGGGCACAGACAGUGUGUCUUGGCACGGCACACAGUGGCCUUCAUGCAGAGUGGGAUAAGACCACUCUCUCCUGAGUCGUUCAGAGAUCGAGGGUCACUCGUGAAACGACACUUUUUCCAGAACACAUGGGCCGAUGGCGAGUAUAUGGACCGACAGUUCUUUGUGGCCUCGACCUUGCAUGUUUUGCUUCCUGCAGCAAAACGCAAUGCACAGUUGAAGGCAAUCGAGCUGGAGCCCACAGAUGGCAGGUACAUUGCCUUCCUGAGACCUGGAGCUGAAGAAGUGGCCAGCAAGAGAUGGUACUUGGAUGAGUACAUUGCGAUAGGCAAAACUCUUUGGGAAGCGGAAAGUGACGAUGUCAAGAAGCUCAAGAAAGAGGCAAAUGCACAGGGUGCUAAGCCGCGGUUUCAGGGCUGGAUGAAUCCAUCAGAUAGGUGGCAAAUUGACAAGUCCAGCGUGGUCACAAGCCUCAGUUUCCGCUUCAUCAAGCUUUGGGCGUCAAGAUGA